ACUAAGUGUAGCUAAUCAGUCCAGCCAAUUACGCAAGAUGUACACAAAACUCGCUCUCUUCACCCUCUUAGUCGCCGUGGCCGUGGCAGUGCCAACACCAGGAGGCUUCGGUGGACACAAGCACGUGACCAUCCACGUACCGUACAAAGUACGCACCAUCCACCAUCAUCAUGUCUCCAAGGUACCGGUGCCAAUCCACGUGCCUGUGGUAAAGGAAGUGCCUGUGAUCAAGGAAGUACCUAUCUUCAAACAUGUACCAGUCCCCGUGAUCCAGCACGUACCAUACCCGGUGAUCAAGAAGGAAAUCAUAGAGAAGGAGGUGAUUGUGCCUAUCCAUCACCAUGAAGAGCACAUCUCCCACGGAUGGGAGGGCGAGUCGUUGUCGCACGGCUGGAACUGAACGUCUCUGUUAAUUAAGGAAUUAGUCUAAGAUAAUAUUAAGAAACCUCAACUCAUCGUCAUUGUAAAUACAAACAGUAUUACUUAUAUACGGAAGUGUAUGUAUGUGGAACAUGAAGCCGUAUUUUCGUUCAAUUUUAAUUAAUCACAAAAGACAUAGUUUAAUCUAUUUUAUAGAUUGUUUUAUUCACGUCAGUGUUCUUUUUAAGAUGUGAUUUGUUCGUAUUAAUUCUUUUUUUUAAAACAUGUAUAAUAAUUUUGAUCUUGGACCUUUUUGGCGCCUAAGUUUCAGCACCGGGUUUCAGGCUCUUUCCCUCAGAUGCAAUGUCUCUAGACCAUCAGUCGUAUUUGGAACAACUUAAUUUGUUUUUCACUUUUAUUUCAACUAUACAUUCUAUUCGAUUCAUAAUAAUCAGAAAGUUAUACGGCUGCAAAUUUGUAAAAAAAUCUGUACUGUGAUAAAUGUAACUCGAUUUGAUAAUUGUAAUGAUUUUGGAUACCUUGCUUAACACAUUUGUAUAUACAGUAACCAAAGAAAAUAAACGAUGAAUAUUUUUUAA